CCCACCAUUUCGAGCUCAUCAUCCCUACCAAGCUGCAUUGGCUGUUUUGUUUGUAGCAUGGGAGGAGGAGCCACCAACUUACCUCCAGGCUUCCACUUCUUCCCCUCGGACGAAGAGCUCGUCGUCCAUUUCCUCCGUCGCAAGGUUUCUCUCCUUCCAUGCCACCCCGACAUCAUCCCCACAUUGCUUCCACACCGCUACAAUCCAUGGGAGCUGAAUGGCAAGGCACUGCAGGCUGGGAACCAGUGGUACUUCUUCUGCCAUCUAACACAAAGUAGGGCCUCGUCCAGUGGGCACUGGAACCCCAUUGGAGCUGAUGAAACAGUGAGGAGCGGCGGUCGCAGCGUUGGCCUGAAGAAAACGCUGCUGUUCUCCAUCGGAGAGCCCUCUGAAGGUGUCAGGACCAACUGGAUCAUGCAUGAGUACCACCUACUGGAUGGAGACUGCAUCAAUGGUGGCAGCAGCAACUCUACCGGCUCAAGCUCCAACAGAAAGUCUCAUAGGAAGAGAGGCCACUCAAGCAUGGAGUCCAACAGCUGGGUGCUGUGCCGGGUGUUCGAAUCAAGCUGCGGUUCACAAGUGAGCUUCCAUGGUGAGGGCACCGAGCUCUCGUGCUUAGAUGAGGUGUUUUUGUCGCUAGAUGACUACGACGAAGUAAGUUUGCCGAAUAAAUAGAGCCUUGCUUUGCUAGCUAGCUAGCUAGUCAGUACUCGGUAGAGCUGGCAUGCAUUAGGUCCUAUGCCUGUCAAACCAUUUGAUUAGCUAUGGUAUUAUGCUGGUGGUGAUGUCUGCAUAAGCUGUUGCUUAUGAACAAUCAAAUGGUCUGGGAGGCAUUGAACCCAACCCAGUCCAUCCUAGAUAUAAUUACCAUGUAAUUAGUUAUCCCCCAAGGAGUAUGCUGGGCCUGUGUCAGAUAACUGUGGCAUAUGUGUGAGAGGCACAAGUCUCUUAUGAAAAAAGAUCAGGUUUUUUUUUUCCUAUCUCUCUAGCAUCUGGUGGUCUAGUUUGGCUCAUGAAGCAUUCAAAAUUUUGAUAUAACCAAGCUAUCAAAGCAAGCUUAAUUGUGGCAUAUACAAAUGUAGAAAUAUAGCUACUUGUAAGCUUGUGUAGUUGCUUGCUACAUCAAACUAUCUUUGCACUGAUAUUGGACAAGGACAAUUGUGUUGUAUCCACAGAGGAAAAAUAAAGGGAAAACAUGGCCAUCUAUGCUGUCAAUUAAUGGAAAUCAUGUAUGCUUUGUGUGGAACUCGUUCUCAGAUGAACUCAUCAAACUUGCCAACCCAGUUAUCAUGUUGGUGGGCCCUGAUUGAUGC